UAACAUCCCACUAACUCGUUCGUUGUAGUUUAAAUUGUCUGCCACGUCGACUUCGGGAUGUCGAAAGCACAUACCAAAAGGCUGAAACUCGGCAAAAUGUCUUGAUGCAACUCUGGCUAUCAAAUCCACCAGUUACCUUGACUACAAAUCUCUUUGAUGUACCUCAAGAGGUUUCUAGUGUUCAUAACACGUCACUUACCAACCUUCAUUUUCCCUUGUGUUCAAUUGCUGUCAGCACAGAGCAGCUGAAGGGAAAGAGUGCAUGCUCUACAGGACACAAGGCUGCUGAUGUAUUUUGAAGAAUUAUGUGGCUUUGCUGUCAUGAGGACAUGGGUCGACUUUCACAUGUCCUACUGCUGUCAUCGACGGUGGCCCUUCUUGGCGGACUGAUUUUUGGAUAUGAAUUAGGAAUCAUCUCGGGUGCUUUACUGCAGCUCAAGGAGGUCUUCAGCCUUAGCUGUUUGCAGCAAGAAAUAUUGGUCAGCGCUCUUUUGAUCGGAGCUUUUUUUGCUUCAUUGAUUGGAGGGAUAGCUGUUGAUUAUCAUGGACGAAGAAACUCAAUCAUUCUGAGUGCGGUAUUACUAUGUGUUGGAAGCACCAUUCUCUUACUGUCCUCCUCAUUCGUGCUGCUAGUGAGUGGCCGGAUGACUGUUGGAUUUGCCAUGUCUAUCUCCUCCACAGCUUGUUGCAUCUAUGUUUCUGAAAUCGUCAGCCCUCAUCAUCGAGGCAAGUUGGUGUCUCUUUAUGAAGUUGGUGUCACAAUUGGCAUCUUGAGUGCCUAUGCAUUAAAUUACAUUUGGGCGGAUAUAAGACAUGGAUGGAAGUACAUGUUUGGUCUGGCCAUUGGCCCAGCAUCAUUCCAAGGCAUCAGUGUUCUCCUCCUUCCCUCAACUAUUGAGAGAGUCAGAAGUCAAGGUGAUGAUUCACAGAAAAUUCUGCUGCAGUUACACAAUGGAGACCAUGAUGACCCAGACUCAGAGGAUUUUAAUCCAACACAAGGAAUCAGCCAAAAUUACAGUUACCUUGACUUAUUUCGAUCCAAAGACAACAUGAGAGCCAGAUUGCUGGUGGCACUGGGUUUAGUGUUGUCGCAGCAGCUCACUGGCCAGCCUAAUGUGCUCUACUAUGCUUCAACCAUCUUUAGAUCAGUAGGAUUUCAGAGCAAUGCUUCAGCAGUACUAGCCUCAGUUGGACUGGGAAUAAUCAAAGUUGUUACAACUGUAGUAGCCAUGAUAUGUACAGAUAAAGUUGGAAGACGAACAUUACUAAUUGCUGGCUCUGUUGUAAUGUCCAUGUCAGUCACUGUGAUUGCAUUCUCAAGCCAGAAAAUUACAAUGGAAUCCCACACAAGCUGCAGAGUAAAUGCCAGGGCUAAUGGCUCACACCAGACCUUAAAUCCUAGUACAGCUUCCUCCAAACCAAUUCUUUGGAAAUCAAAUCCAACAUUCACCAAUGAAAGUUCACAGAUUAUGAAUCAAACUUUGACUUUAUCUGUCCAGGGUAAACAGCUAGCCGCAAAUAAUGAGGGAAUGAACAGCAGUUCACUCAGUGAGCCAGCAAUCCGAUUUGUCAGCACUGCAGACUCUUUAAAUAACACUUCACAUGAAGAUUUCCAUUUGAGAAAAAUAAGGAGUCACCUGAUACAGUCGGCAGUAAGCUCCACUCACACCUCCAAACAUUUAGCCUUAAAUUGGAUUACACUGCUUUGUAUGAUGGCCUUUGUCAGUGCGUAUUCAAUUGGGUUCGGUCCAAUGACUUGGUUGGUUCUGAGCGAGAUAUUCCCUGCUGGGAUCAGAGGUCGGGCAUUUGCAUUCUCCAGCAGCUUCAACUGGGCGGCAAAUAUAAUUGUUACUGUCACGUUCCUGGAUGUAAUUGAUACUAUUGGACUGUCCGGGACAUUCCUAUUCUAUGGACUAGUGGGAUUUAUUUCGGUCGGUUUUAUAUGUCUGUACCUGCCUGAGACCAUGGGAAAGUCACUGGAAGAGAUCAACAGAUACUUCAUGGCUAGAAAAGUCUCAGAAGUGAGGUGCUGCUGUCCGAAAAGCAACAGAAGAGGAACAUAAAUGAAUCGUUACAAAAGAGCUGAUGGUUUCUUAAUUUAGACUACAGAUUUUCUUUUUUCAACCUAAUUGUAAUGACACAAAUUGGAGUGAUUUUUAAAAAAAAAUUGAAACCUGGCAUCAAAACUUUUAUCAUAUAUUGGAAGUAAUAUCCCAGCAGCAUUAGAAGGAGAGUCUCCUGAUAUUUGACAUCAGUUGUCUUCAUUGUUCAUAAGGCAUUCCCAUCAGAGCCAGCAGUACACUGGCAAUACUAACAGAUUACGUUCUGAAUCAACUGGAAAGUAGCAGAGGGCAAAGGAGGUAGAAACUCUGGAAGGGUUGAUUACUCAGAGACACUCCUAUUAUAUUCACAGCUUUCUCACUGUCAACGUAUGAGCAAAAUUCGCAGAGGCCUUGUGAGAUUGUGAUUUACUGUUGUUGCUUUAGUGUGCUGUUUCUUUAAAGCAUUAUUUUGUCACACGGAGACCUGACAAAAGGGAUUAAACAAGAUUAAACAAAACAGAGGGUUCUGAAGAAGGGUCACUGGAACCGAAACACUGACUCUACUUUCUCUCCACGGAUGCGGCCAGCU